CUUUCAUCAAUGAUAUCUUCAUUCUAUCAGCCCACUUCAACUUGAACUACGUAUCUUUCUUCGUUGCAAUCGAGAAUCUCAAUAUGACGCAAAACGCGCUGUUUCAACGUGAAGGGACGUUCGAUGAGAAUGCUCAGAAAGUAAAAAAGCAAUGGGAGUCUUAUACGGCCUCACCGGAAGUCGAAUCUAAUGACCGAAAGAACUGGGCGGUGCCCUAUCUGAUGCUCCGCGAGCGUGGCUUCGCUUACCUACAGCGACGACGUCGCUUGAUUGAAGAGCGAGACGCUUUAUACAGUACUGCAAAACUUUCUACUAGACAGCGUCCUUUCUCGGUCAUUGCAAUCGUUAGAUCGGCUUUGCAGAGACAUCCCCCGAAAAGGGUAGGGGCCGAUGACAAGAAACUACCGAGCUAUGAGACCGCCUGCAAGGAUGCAGCAGCUCGGAUGGAUCAAAAAAUCCAGCAGCUACUGGAAAGUUACUGGAAAACGCGCAAAAUCUUGUGGGACAUGGACUCGGAGAUAGUACGGUCACAAAGUAUGGCGAAAAUCAAGACAGUGUGGAACUGGUAUGAUCCGGGUGGUCGUCUCUAUGCUUGGGUCUUGGACUGUUUGGAAUGUGCGAGCACGGGGGGUUGCUGCGGACGGGACUGUGGCUGCUGUGAAAAACCACUUAUUACCUACAGGGAGCCCAUGAAACGGCAUGUUGCGGAAAGCAGAAAGCUCGUUGGGGUUUAUGGUCAUUGCACGGCCGAGUGCCCUUGCUGUAUUCGCGUCCGAGGGCGAUACCACCCCCAUCCGCGCCUUCCACCUCUAGAUGUCUGA